ACCACGUAGAAAUAUGGGGAUGGUGGAUUGAAUGUGGUCAUGCAUGGUGGAACAGCCGACUGAACCAUUUUCUUGUUGAGGAAGGAAGCUGGAAGGCAUUGUUUCAGACCUGUAUUUGCAUCCGAUCGAGUGCUGUGACCGAUUGAGUGAAGAGUGAUUUGAAUCACAAGUACAAGUAGAUGUACAAAGUACACACAAGAAGUGUAUUGCGGAGUAUUCUAACGGUGGUGUGUUAUCGGUUCCAGUAUACAUAACACCAUGGCGCUGAUGCUCCUCUGUAAAUCCAGAAUGGCUGGUCUGUUGGAUAAGAGCAAAAAGAAGAAAGAUGGCGCUCAUCUAUCUGAGUGGUCGAGAACUGGUAGCUUUGUCAAUAAACCGGAUCACGGAUGGAUUCACCCGGAUCAGCAGUUAGAACCAGAUGCUGGCAUCUGUUACGGAGUUAGGUAUAUUGGCUGCAUUGAAAUCAAAGAAUCUAUGAAAUCACUGGACUUUGAAAUAAGAACUGCGUUAACUCGAGAAGCUAUCAACCUGGUGGCCGAGGCUGCAGGACUGAAAACUGUUUCCAAGAAGAAACGAGUGGAGAAGAAAAUACUGAAAAUGAUAGGCGACAAUCCGUACAUGCACUAUGCCGGCUCCAACGUUAACAUGACCAUUACCACCGAUACCAUCAACUUGAUGGUGAUGGAGUCAGGGGAGAUUAUUGCAGAUCACCCAAUGCAAGUUGUAUCAUUUGCCUCUGGAGGGGAUGCAGAGACGUUGGAUUUUGUUGCCUAUGUUGCCAAGGAUCCCAGCAGAGGGCGUGCCUGUCACGUGUUGGAGUGUGGGGGCGGUUUGUCUGAGGACGUUGUCACGACGAUCGGACAGGCGUUUGAGCUGCGCUUCAAGAUGUACCUGAACAAGAAACCGAAAGCUGUACAGCUGACUGACAUGCGGGACAAUCCUUCGUUUGAAAAUUCCAAGUGGGGAGAAGAACAAGAUUACUAUAAUGACAGACCAGGAGCCUGUCCCCCCUCUCCUCCAUCCGUCCCCCCGAUGCCAGAAUAUAAUACUCCAAACAGUCUUCCAGUUGGUAUGUAUGUGUCGGUGAAGGACAAACCGGGGGAAGCGGUGUAUGCUGAACCUAACAAACCGCUGAUAGACCUGUCUGAUAGUAAAGUGUACGACAACACUCCAGGAAGUGCUGAUCAACAUAAUUUGGAUUCAUGCUGUAAUGUGUACGACAACAAAGCCGGCGUGACAAACGAAAACAAAGAGAACAUUGUCUACGACAACAAGGAAAACAUGUCAGCUGAGCAGGCAUCGACCGGAGCGAUAGAUCCAUUUGACAUGCAUCCGUUUGGUCGUAAUUUACCAGAACCUAUUCCUAGUUCCGUGUCAAAUGGUGAGAUCAAUGGGAAAAUGGACAAUCCAGCCCCGACGUUCGAAGAAUGGUUUCAUGGCCAGUUAUCAAGAAAACAGGCGGAGGAGCUACUGGAGGAGGAUGGAGACUUCCUGGUCCGUGAGAGCAGCAACAGUCCGGGUCAGUAUGUGCUGAGUGGACGCCAGCAUGGACACGUUAAACACCUGCUGCUCGUCGACCCAGAGGGAGUGGUGAGAACAAAGGAUUUCAUUUUUGACAGUGUCAGUCAUCUCAUCACAUACCACAGAUUGAACAAUUGGCCAAUUGUUACACAGGGGAGUGAACUCUUGCUGAAUCGACCAAUCAAAAACAGCUUAGCAUCUUGUUAGGCACAGGGAAUUUAUGACAUUAAAAAGGCAUGUAGAAGAAAAAUUGAAGUGGUUAUUUUGAAUAUUGAAUAGCUUUUGUUUUUAGGGGUAGGGGGGAGGGGAUGAAUAUGAUUUUAAUACUUCAUAUUGUUAUUUAUUUAUAACCAUUGCAGCUGUAUAAUGAAACAAAAGUUAUAAAUUAAAAUAAUUUGAUAUCUUGUGUAUACUUCAGACAUUGAAUUUCAGAUUUUAAAAAAAAGGUUUUCCCACCAAAUUCAUAUAAAUUAUGUAAUCUACAUAUUUUGGCUUUCAAUUUCAAAAUCUUAUGCUUCUGACUCAAAAGCUAAGUUUUGCAGAAGCACAGAAUCCUGUAUUUAGAAAAUUUUUUUUUUUUUUUUUUUUUUACAUUCAGUUUAAAACCCACCUGUAACUGAAUCUUCAUGAAUAUUCAUUGAAAAAAACCCACCCUCCUGUAACUGAAUCUUCAUGAAUAUUCAUUGAAAAAAAGAUUUUUGUAUUAAUGCAUAUUGACCAUUUGACUAUCAAGGUAUAUUUGACGAAUAACAUAACAGAUUAUGAUUAACAUUUGUUGUAUAUAAUGAUGUGAGCAGAUGUGUAUAUUAAUAUUUAAAUUAUCAGAGUUUUUAUUCAUAUCAUUGAUUGAUGACAAUUAUAUAAAAGAAUAUUUUUCAUUUGAAUGCUGUACAGUGAUAUACAGAAUGUGUGUUUGUCUUAUAUACAGAUAUGUAAUAUAUAAUAGUCUUCCAUACAAAAUAUAAAACUGUCAGUUACUGUUUUAUUAUAAAUUACAAAAUACACUUUUGACUGCUUUAUGCAGAGAUAUGGUUUUGAUUAAAGAAAACAGAUUUACUGUUAUGUUUUAUGGUAUGUGAAACACAUGGUUUGUGUAUGACAUAUUGUCAAAAUUCUAAAUAAUAAAAAGGAAUUGAUAACAAGGAUACACAUUUCUGCCAAUUCUGUUCUUUCAGAAAGCUUUUGCUACCCAUAAAUACACUGUAUGUCUGUUAGAAGAACAGCCUAAACUCACAGUAUAUAGUUUGAUGGAUUCUCUUACCCAUGACAGCUGUAUUGGCAGAUCCACAAACUAAAUUCACAAACUAAGGGUUGAUAUUUAUGAUGUAAUAUGUUCUUAUGUAUUAUUAGAACCAUAGAUUAUUUUGGUUUAUGAAGUAACAUCACUGAACUCUAUGGAUUUUAAACUGCUGUAUGAGACCACCUAAGAGAAUGAUUGUUAUCAAAUUAUGUCUUGUACUGGUGCUGUCCAUGACUCAUGUUUUGUCUUCAGCAUGAGUUGUCUGUCAUGUAAAUGAGGGACUAAAAUAAAUAUUAAAAAAAAAUAAAAAAUGAUUAGAACCAUAGGCCUAUAUUAUUUUGGUUUAUGAAGUAACUUUACUGAACUCUAUGGAUUUUAAACUGCUGUAUGAGACCACCUAAGAGAAUCUUUUUUUAUUACCGUAUUCUGAAUGCGCUGGGUUUUUUUUUUAAAUACCAAAUUACCGCAGUAUCCCACUGAAACUGCUUAUUUUGUAAGGUGUGUUUUUAAUAGAUUUUUAAAUUAACUAAAAUAUGAAUUUAAAACAAAAACACAUAAUGUUUUAUUAUCUUAGAUAUACAUCAACGUGUAGACUGUGACACUUCUGUUUCAAUAAGUCAAUAAAAUUAUAAAAGCUGACUGAGUGUGUAGAUUUAUUUUUAAAUUAACCAAAAAUAUCAAUAUAAACCAUUGACUAUUAAGCCAAUUUUAGAUAUCCAUGUCAAGCAUAACAAGGCAUAUACAAUUAUCUCAACCAAUCAAAAGUUAUGUUACAGCACUGCAUGGAAGCUGCUGUUAGACUUGUUAUAUCAUUCACAGCUCAUCCCCUUAUUCCUACCAUAUACAGCUUUCUGGGGCGUAGCCAGACAGGAAAAAACGCAGAGGCAAAUCCAGACCUGUAAAAUAAAUAUCGGUGUCAUGGGGAAAAUAAAAUAAAUCUCGUCUGCCUCAUGCUGGCAACGCCAUUGGCUUUCUUAUAUGUUACAGUGGGGUAUACAGUCACGAAAGCGCAGUUUACUAGUAUUGGAAAUGUCAAAUGGAUUUGCCUUGAUUUGCAUGAAUGCUCUUUCAAUGAAAGAUGUAGAUUAUAUUGGAGAAAAAAAAGGGUAUCAUAUAUAAACCAAAUAAUUUUUGUAUUUUUUGUAUAGUGGUGUUAACAUGUUUUAAUUAUUUAGCUUUACAUCUUCCAUUCGUAUAAAGAGUUUAACUUUAAGAUGUUUAUAAAACAAUCUCAUAAUAGUGUAUAGUAUUUGUAUGUCAAGUACAAAUAUGUCCCUAACAUUGUAACAAGUCCCACCUGCUAUUUGUUGUAAAAUGUGUUGUGAUUGGAUGUGGAAGUCACUUGAUUUCCAGAGUGAGAGAUCUCACAGUAAUGAUUGGCUGUUUAUGAUGUCAUGUCAGGUCACAUUUUAUAGCUUAGUUUGGGUUUUGUUUUUUGUUUUGUUUUUUUAAAUAUUUUAUAAAAUUUUAGAAUGUAAAUAAAAGUUAUAAUAUUUCUAAUUUUAUAUGUAUUAACAAAGUUCUUUUAACUCCAAAACUUUGUUGCUUCAUUACAUGCUAAUAAUAAUGUUUGUUUUUUAUAUUAAUAUAAAGAAUGUUAUACAGGUUUAUUCAUUCAAUUGACAUGAUACUUUAAAUCAGAAUUUAUUAAAGGCGCAGACCCUAAGUUUCAUCCCGUGAAAAUAGACACUAAAUUGAUUUAAUCUACAAACCUGCAACACAUUUGGAUAAGGUUAUAACAGAGAAAAAGCUAAAUUCUGCGAUGUUUUAACAGGGAAAAUACCAUCCAAAGAUAAACUAGUCUGUCUUUAUAACCAAUACUUCUUAGAUGAGCGUGCGUUUUUAGAAUUAUGAAAAAUGCAUUGUGGGGUAUUAUAAGAACCUGGAUGACCAGAAUCACUUUAGGUGUACAAAAAAUGAAUAUUCUAAAUAAUAAAAUGUAAGUUCUUUAAUAGUAAAAAAAAAAGAGUUGUGUUUAAAAGCUAGUCUGUCACUUUAAGAAAAGGAAAAUGAUGAAUCUAGCAAGACUACAAAAAACCUAAAUAUUUAACAUGUUAAUUUUUUGGUGUUGCUAACUUUUUAAAGUACACAUUAUUGUAUUUAUAACUUGGCUGUGCUCUAUUUUUAAUUCAGUAAUAAGUUACUGUAUUCAUCAUUUAUACUAUCUUGUGUAGGGCAGGUAACAGUGCACGGCCGUAGCUAGGGGGGGGGGGGGGGGGCAAGGGGGGCAACCCCCCAAAAAAAUCCGGAACUUAAAGAAAAUUCUCUUCCCGACUGUUUAAGGAGUUUUAGACUAUUAACUACUCAGUUGCCCCCCGAAACAAAAAAUCCUAGCUACGGCCCUGCAGUGUCAUAUAAAAUGUAUUAAAAUCACAUAAACUGAAUGUUUUUAUUUAAUGUUGUACAUGGAUUUAAACACUGGAUUAUAUAAAAUGUUGUUUGUUGUUGUCUUUAUUUAACUACAUUUACUAUAUUUUCUAUACUUAUGAUCUCAGUUGGAACAUUUUCUGUAAUGGUACUUUGUUGAAAUAUUGGUCCCAGGCAUGGCGGAAGCAAGUAGUCGGUAAAGUUUUGAAAACUAGAUGUCCUGAAAUGCAGUUUUCUGCUUUCUACAAGUAAAAUUCAUCUCUGCCUUAAGAUUUACUACCAAUAAUAUUUUUGAUUCAGAAUUAUUGGGGGAGGGGAGGCUAGAGGCCCCCAGCUCCACCGUGCCUGGGUCCUGCUGUGCGUGAUAGCGUGAUACUUUAUAGUAAACUUGGUACAUGUUUUAAAAAGCAAGACUUUAUUGCACAAUCUUCCUGAUGGUGCUUACAAGAAAGGCUUGAUACUUGUAGCAAUAGCAUAACUCUGAAAUUACAUAAUUAGUGUAGUACAGUACGUCAGUAGAAUCUCGUUGGGUCAAAUGCAAAACAACGCUCAAACCAAAAACAAAGUCCGAGUUACACUUACUCUAUGUAAACCGAAUGAUUGGGUCGAACUAUUCGAUGAGUUGAACACUUUCUUGAACGCCAACAGGGUUUAAGCCAACGGGAUUCAACUGUAUUUGGUUUGUGAAAAUAAUUGACUGUUGUGUGAGAAUUGUGCGUAAAUAUGUUUUUUGAAUACUUAAAUAAAAUUAAUGUCUUUUGUUUUCUUAGUACAUGAACAAAACAAAAAUCCUAUAGCGUCUUUUUGCAUGAUGUUGAAAACCAUCAGAUUUUAAAAAUAUUUUUUAUUUAAUACGUUUCUUUUGUUUGAUUUGCUUUUGUAAUUUAACAUAAUUUACUUUCACAUUUGUUAUGACAAAAUACAGUACGAGAUAUUAUGUUUUAUUGAUGCCAUGGCAGUAAGUGUUUCAUGUUAAAAUUAAAGGUAAUACGUUAUUAUGUGUAUAAAUACAUAAUUAUACAAUGCCAUGUAAUUGCUAUCCCAUAAUUCUUUGCACACUUGGUGUGCUACUUUAUUUUAAAAAAUUAAUUAAAUUUAAAAAUUAAAAAAAAAAAAAAAAAGUUUAAUUUGUAAAAAUAUUUGCUUAAUUAUUAUUAUUUUUGAUAACUUGCAUUGAAAUUGAAACGUCUAUGGAUGCAGUGGUCAGUGACGUUUAUUAAGUUUAUGGUAUUGAGACAUUUAAUUCUGUAGAAUUGUUGUUAUUAUGAUCAUGUUACUUUAAAUGUUACGUUUAGCUUUCUUCGUAUUAGGUAAUCAAAUCAUUUCUCAUUCAUAUCAUUUAAUCUUUAAAAAAGUUUUGUGUAAAUAUUUUGUUAUAAAGAAUUGUCCCACAACUGAUGGCAUGGCAGAAUGGUGUGGAAUGCACAAAAGCUAUUUUUGUAUUAAUUAUUGGUGGAUCGGAGUGAAUUGCUUUUAUGUAAAUGAUGCCUAUGUGAAAAUUAAAAAAAAAAAAAUUAAUUUAAUAUGUCGGUGGUGGUUAUUGAACAACAAAUCGUCUUCUGUUGUCAUAUCUUGAACAUCUGUGUGACUUGCAUUUUCAUUUUAAUUCUCUUCCUUAUUUCCACGAGUUGUCAAAUUACUUUAAUAAUUAUUUUUAUAAUAGUCCUUCCCACAGGGAACACCUUUUUCAUACUAUGGAAUUUACUGCAAGUUAUUUAUUUCUGAGCCGAUUGAUUUCGAAGUUGCACCCAAAAAUAUAAAGUUUUUUUGUUAUUUCCAAAACACUUUUACUUUUCUUCUUACAUCAAACCAAACUGAAAUUAUUUACAAAAAAAACGUUUUUGUGGAAUGGGGCAGACUAUAUUUAGUCUAGUAAUUAAUUCUCAGUGCAGAAUAUCGAUACAUUUGCUGAAUAUUUGUACCUUUUUCUUAUACGUUUGACAGUAUUUUCUUUAAUCCAGUAUUGCCAUUUAAAAUACUCUCAAAUCAGGAAUAGAAUCAAGAGGUAGCUGUUUUAUUAUUGUGAAAUAUAAAACAGUAAUUACAUUCUAUUACUGCAAACUACAGUUUAUUAAAGCAAAGCCAUUAGUAAUGUUACCAGUGAAUGACUAUUAUUUUUGUUUAGUUGUCACAUGAUAAAUAUAAUAAUUGUAUUUGUUUCAUCAAGUUGUACUGUCUUUAAAUAUUUAAUCAUGUUGUAAUAUAUUCAUAAACCAGCUUAUUUUUGUAAUAAUUGUCAUUAUUAAUUUGAAAUUUAAUUGCUACAUGUCUAUUAUUUUUAAUUUAAUCAUUCCAUACAAGACAUGCUUUUACAACGCAGUGCCAAAAUAUGGUGCAAAUUCACAAUUCAAAAAAUUUGUAUGUCGCCAUGUACAAAAAAAAAGAGAGAAGUUUUAUAAAGGGGAGGGGCAGAGCCAGUUUAUCCUAGUAGCACAUGUAGCACAUGCUACAAGCGCCGUGGUGAUGUGUACAUUUAUUUUCCCAAGGUCAUUUUUCACCUCUCUCCCCGAGGGGGUUGCAGAAUAAAUAUCCUGGGAAGGGAGACCUGCUGGUAUUUGUGCGAUUGGCCCCACAGAUCCUUAAAAACGGCUCUGGGGAGUGGGCGAUCAAAUUAUGUACAAGGCAUGUGGUAACUGUAAAAUAUAUAACAUGGUCGGCGGGAGUAGGGGUUGAGGGUGGGGGGGGGGGGAUGGGGGGAUGUGUGAUUGGGGGGCAGGGGGUAAAUUGCCCCCCUCUGGCUUCUCCAGUGAAGAUAAAGGAUAGAGAGGAGAGACUGUAGCUUAAAAGCAAAUGUUUUCAAAUAUACUCGACAAAGUUAAUUAAGGGCCAGAAGUUUUUUUGUCAUUCUUGGUAUAGUUUCUUAUUAUUUUAGCAAGUUUUAAUCAUAGAUGUUUCAGUAAAAUUUGACUUGUGAUACACGCAAAAAUCUUGCACGUUGGGCUUUUCGAGCAUUUGUGAAAAAUACUAAAAUGUGCAUUCGGCUACAAUUCAUUCCAUGUUGGCUUAUAAUGAUACAUCAGUGACUUCCGUUUGUAAAAUCUUCAGGAGCUGAAAAAAGCUCCCCAUAAUUUGUUUUGAGAGAGUCAUUGCUCUCCUCAGAAAUUAGCAUAACUUCAUUGUUAAAAUGUAAAUGUUACCAAACUGAUAAUAAUAUACAUAUACAGCCAUAAAAUUAAUAUCUGUUCAUGUAUCAUACAUGUAAUUUUGUUUGCAUUAAAUUAUUUAAAGCAUUAAGUUUUAAGAAAAUGUCACAAUGUUGACACCUUAGAACAGAAGAAUCUGUAAUUCUAAAACUAUAUUUACAGAAAAAUGCUUUAAAUAUCUACUGGCCGAUAAUUUUGUUGAGUAUACUUAAACUGGUGGUCAUGGCAUGAUUAACAUUAAAAUAAUAAUUUUAAAAAAUCAGAUAAUAUUUAUAUAUAUAGGCCCCUACAUCAUAUAUGAGCAUGAUUAACAUUAAAAUAAUAAUUUUUAAAAAUCAAAUAAUAUUUAUGUAUAUACAUCAUGUAUAUAAAAAUAAUGUAGUACAUGUUUGUGUUUUUUUAUUAUUCAUAUACAUAUAAGAAAGCAAUAAAUGUUUUUUACAUCAUUAUCUGUUUGGUUUUCUCGUUUGUGGUUUAUUUGACACCCAGUAGGCAAUGUGCAUUUUUGUGCCAUUAAACAUUCAUCAAUUCA